CAUGGCUGACACCAAGCAUUUCAUGAAUUCCGUCUUGUUCAACUCAGCUUCCACUUCUUCUGAUUCUUCUACUGCUGGGUUUUCCUCCUCUGAGUCAGACUCCUUUUAUACUACCACUACUACAGCUAGGUCAACUUCAUCGUCUCCAACUUACACCACCCCACGCAGACCUAACCCUAUCAGAACAACGUCAGCCGCCGGCUAUGCUCUGCCCGAGAAGUCUCGUCAUGUCAUGAUGGAAAAUACCCAUAAAAGUAAGUCCGAUCAUAAGCGUGAAGAUCAUGGUGGUUUCGUCAGGACGAAAUCCAAGGCCUUAAAAAUUUACAGCGAUCUCAAGAAGGGUAAGCAGCCUAUAUCACCAGGCGGUCGUCUUGCUACGUUUCUCAACUCUCUUUUCACAGCCGGAAACGGCAAGAAGGUUUCCAAGAUUUCAUCUUCCUCGGCGACAAACGAAGAACAAACGCCGACUUGCUCGUCUGCUUCCUCUUUUUCACGAUCUUGCUUGAGCAAGACCCCGUCUUCGCGUACAAAAUCCAACAGUAACGGCACUAAAAGGUCUGUUAGGUUCUGCCCUGUCAGUGUUAUCGUCGACGAGGACUGCAGGCCUUGUGGCCAUAAAUCUCUCUAUAACCAAACCCAGUUCAUGACAGAAAGUAACGAAAGAGUCGACCACGAUCAGUGGCGAGUUAUGGAGGAGAAUCGGCGUGUAGUUCAGGCUGCAAAGGAUCUUCUGAAGAGUUACCGGCAGAACAAAGUGGAGUUCGACAUGAGAGAUCAUGUUAUCAGCCAUCAAAAGAAAGUGAGAUGUUAUGAUAAUGUAGAGGAGGGUGAAGAAGAAGAAGAUGAUGAUGAUGCAGCAAGUUGUUCCAGCUCCGAUCUCUUUGAGUUAGAUAAUCUUUCGGCUAUUGGGAUUGAGAGGUACAGUGAAGAGUUACCGGUAUAUGAAACAACUAAUCUGGGUACUAAUCGAGCUAUUGCUAAUGGGCUGAUCCUGUAAUUUAAUUCCAACCAACAAAAAAGAAAAGGACAGAGAAGAGAAGGUGGGGAUUAAUUAAUUUAGUUUUCUUUCUUUCUUUUUUUUU